GCAACUUUCCCUCCCUUCCUUUCGACCUCUCUCUCAGUUGCAAGUAAAAGCACCGAGUUUCUCGCAGACAAUGUCCGUCCCAAAUUUCUCCAAAACUCUGCAAUUCUCUGCAAUUCGGCUUGGCUAUCCCUCACCCUUCUCCUUCUUCUUCUUCAAUUGUUUCCUUCACAAUCACCGAUUUCUAGGGUUUCUCUUCCGAUACGUUUCGCUUAGGCACAAUUCUCCAUCAUUACCAGGAGGUGAAAAAUUUUCGAUCAAUGGCCAAUCGGAUGAAGGAAGACGAGAGAAUUGAAAGGAUUAUCCGUGGUCUUUUGAGGCAUCCUGAGAAUCGAAGAUGCAUCAAUUGCAACAGUUUGGGACCACAAUAUGUUUGCACAAAUUUCUUGACAUUCGUUUGCACAAACUGCAGUGGAGUGCAUCGGGAGUUUACUCACCGAGUAAAAUCAGUGUCAAUGGCUAAAUUCAGUACAGAAGAAGUUAGUGCUCUUCAGGCAGGGGGAAAUGAGCGAGCAAGGCAAAUUUAUUUUAAAGAUUGGGAUCCUCAGCGCCAUUCUUAUCCUGAUGGGAGUAAUCUUCAUAGACUCCGGGAUUUUAUUAAGCAUGUCUAUGUGGAUAGAAAAUACACUGGAGAGAAGACCGAUACUGUUGAGCUUCCAUCACUAAGAUUGAAUGACAAGGAGUCUCAUAGCAGGAAGGUUAGUGCAUAUAGUGGUGGAUCUAGAAGCCCACAUUAUGAGAAAAGACACGAGCGGCGUCAUAGUGAAAGAUCUAGUCCUGUUCGAAGAAGUGUGGAUGGAAGUGUCAAAUAUUAUUAUGAUGAAAGAAGAAGUCCUCGAUAUGCCCAAGAAAAUUCAAGAUAUGGAGUUCCAAAGAGAACCAAAUUGGUAUUGGGUUUGGUGUUAGGGAGCUCUUUGGUGAAGAUUUUGAACCAAUUUCCUGUUGGUGUCCUUGGGGUUCUGCUCUUGUUUGCUGGAAUUGAGCUUUCCAUGGCUUCAAAGGACAUGAAUACCAAGGAGGAAUCCUUUGUGAUGCUUCUUUGCACAGCAGUUUCUCUAGUGGGAUCAAGUGCUGCUCUUGGGUUUGUGUGUGGGAUUGUUGCUCAUUUGCUUCUAAGGUUAAGAAAUAAUUUAAGUAAAGAUGAUUAG